AUGAUGAACGGCGUCCGUCUAGCGUUGCUCUUUUGGAGCGUUUGGAUAGUGGAAGGAAGACCCAUUGUGCGCAACAUUCGCUCCACUCAUGAAUUCGACCGUUUGAUUGAAAAGCACACCACCGAGACGGGUCUGCCUGUGGUGGUUGAUUUCUAUUCUGAUUCUUGUGGUCCUUGUCGCAUGAUGGCCCCCAUUUUCAAAAAGGUGGCCCAAGAAAUGAAGGACACGACCGUCUUUGUCAAGAUUGAUACCAAUGCCCAAUACGAGCUUUCUUCGCGAUUCCAGGUUCGAUCGCUCCCCACUUUCAUGUGGUUUGUUGGAGAUCCCCGUAAUCCCACCAUGACGGAAAAGGGCGGCAUUGGGGAACAACGAUUGCGACAAUCCACCCAACAGGCCAUUCGACAAGCCGAACACGAAAAUGUCGCCAUUGAAUUGGAAGCCUUUCAGCAGUACUAUCAGGAAAUGGAUGCCAACAAACCACAAGCCGAUGUCGAAUCCUUGUAUCAAAAAUGCGCCAAAAAGACACGCGGAUCGAAAGAGUGUGUCGGUGGAUCGGCGACGCAGUUGCUGCGAAAAUUGAAAAAGAAAUACGGCAAAGGACCACCCACCAAAAAACGAUACCAACCACAACCCACUACAGGAUCCGACGAAAGCAGUGGUGGUAGUAAGGAGGAUAGUACCAAAAAAGCACGAAAACCACGAGGAUCCAGUGGUGCUCCCAAUCUACACUUGGCCACCAAAGAACAGCUGCAGGUGGAAUUGGAAAAGAGAUUGGACGAAGAACGGGAUGCCCAGGUCGAAGAUGAAGCAGAAGACGAAGAGGAACCAGAUCCGGAUUUCAAAAGAUGGACUCCGGGACCCUUUCCUCAACCGAUCACUAUAAUUGGUGGAGGUCCUGCGGGCAUGUCGGCUGCCAUUUACGCGGCCCGUGCCGGACUCAAUCCACUCAUCAUCGCACCCAGCAUGGGAGGACAGCUACAAGGCAAGGGAGUCGAUGUCGAGAAUUAUCCCGCAUUGGCCAAUGUCACUGGACCCGCCGUCAUUGCAUUGAUGCGGCAUCAAGCGGCCAAAUUCGGAGCCGCCUUUGAAGACGACAUGGUCUUGAAAAUCGAUACCUCUAAACGACCCUUUACCAUUCACACCAACGAAACCGGAGCCAUCGAAACACAUUCCAUCAUUGUCGCCACGGGGGCCGAAAGCAAAUGGCUGGGGAUCCCCGGUGAGUACGAAUUGCGGGGAGGUGGUGUCUCGUCGUGUGCCACUUGUGAUGGAUUUUUGUUUGCCGGAAAGGAAGUCUUGGUAGUGGGAGGUGGUGACACUGCCAUGGAAGAUGCACUCGUCUUGGCACGAACAUCCUCCAAAGUCACUUUGAUUCAUCGUAGGGACACUUUCCGGGCGUCCAAAGUCAUGGCCGAACGUGUCAUCAAUCAUCCCGUCAUUGAGAUUAAAUGGAACACCACAUUGGACGAAAUUGUGGGACAAACUCUCAACGACCCGAAAGCCGCCCGAACAAUCAACACCAAUGCCGAUGAAGCCGAAGAAGAAGAACUCGACAUGGACAGUCCCGCCCCGCAAGCUUCGGAAACACCCCAAGAAGACCAAAUGGUCGUCAAGGCUGCCAUUGUCAAGAAUGUUAAUACGGGCGAGAAAACCGAAAUCACAGUGGACGCGGUCUUUGUCGCCAUUGGACACACACCCGCCACGUCCUUUUUGGAGGGCAUUGUGGACUUUGAUCCCAGUCAUCCCGGUUAUGUCAAGACGGUUGGGACAUCCACCUACACUUCGCUGCCAGGCAUUUUCGCUGCUGGGGAUGUGGCUGAUUCCGUGUACAGACAAGCCAUUACAUCGGCGGGCAGUGGUGCCGCGGCGGCUUUGGAUGCCGAACGAUGGCUCAGCGAAGAAGGUUUGGGCAAUGAAGCGGCGGAAAUGGAAGCCGAACUCAUGAGGGAAUUGAUGGAGGACGGUCCUGGUGACAGUAGUGGAGCCUACAAUGCCUACGAAGAUGCCGCUGCGCGAGUUGCGGGUGUGAAAGAGAGCCUUGGGGCAGAACUUUAG